UACGUUCAAUUUUAGUCACUGUAUUUUUAAAUAUUUACUUUUAUUCUCAAUAUUUUUAACUAAUCUUAAUUUUAAUCAACUACUAAAAUCGAAUAAAUUCCAACCUAUAAUACUAAAAUGACAUUUUGACCGAUAAAGGGAAAUUUCAUUGUAAUAAACUUUAGAAGUAUAAUGAAUAUUCAUAAGAACAAGAUGAUAUCUCGUCAUCAUAAACAAAAAGAUCCUAAACAAAACAAUAUCAAAAGCUUAAGGCUUCAUUAUUGUUUCUUGCAAGGUUGAUAUUCCAUUAUAUAUAAACAAGUUCAUUUUUGGAUACUAAAUAACACAAAAUUAUUGGCUUGUCCCAAUUCAAGAUUCCAUAAUAAUGUGGACAAAAUUUAGGCAUUCAGAAAUCAGAAACAGUACCAAACUUUCUCAAUCGAUCAUAGCUUGUUUUGCACAUUUGUGUAAUUUUUCUCAAACUCAACCCGUUUUUAUUUCAAUUUUUGCAGAUGAAGAACAAGAAAUUGGAAAGAAACCUCAAAAAAGCUUCAAUGUUAAUGAGGAAUACCUUUGUACAUUGAGGACCAAAUCCUUCAGUGAAUUUUUCACAAAAGCUGAAUUCAUUGUCGAUGAAUCGCCGCCGUCUAUAACCUCCUCCUCCGCCGCCGCGGAUCGCUGCCGGAAAUUAUCGGAAACAAUCUUGCUGCAGCCUGUUCGGUUGGAAGCCGUUCCUUCCAUUCUCGAAUCGUCAUUUCUUUUGAUGUUACCAGAGCUUAAAGGCCUGUUCAUCGAUUACUUGAAUGUUAGUGCCAAAGCUUCAAAUCUCUGCACUCGUCUCCUCACGAACGUCAAAUCAACUCGAUCUAAAUCCCGCUGCAUUCAACAAUCGCUCGAUUCGAUCGAGAAAUGCUUUUCGUCGGAGACGAUUGAAUCAAUCGCCUCAGAUCUUCUCUCAUUGAGAGCGCCAUUUUCCGAUCUGGACAAACGCGAUUUCACGCUAAUCCACGCCGAUUACACGGCGAUUUCUCGUCGUCUAAACUGCACGAGGAAGAAAGUAGAGAGAAAAAUCAGAACGAUCAAAAUCAUCGAUGGAAUUACCUGCGGAUUGAACAGUAUUACAACUCGCACUCUGACUGACUCAGUAAUGGCGAAAGAUCCAGGUCCAGUAAUUUUCGGUUACCGACUGAAAUCCUUGGGCAGAAAGCUUGUCCGGCAUGAGAUGCUUAGAAAUGGCGGUCUUGAAAAAGUAGGAGAAAAAGUGGAGGCGGCGGCGAAGGGAAGUUAUAUAAUGAAGAGAGAGUUGGAUACGACAAGCCGACUGGUGGUCCGGCUCGGCGACGCCGUGGAUCAUGGGAAGGCGAUGUUGCGGUUGUUUGGGGGAAGGAAGGAGGAUAAAUUUGCAGUGUCGGUGGCCAUGGAUGAGGUGAAGAAGAACAAUGUUAGCAUGAGAAAGCAAGUUGAAGAUGUCGAAGAGCACUUGUAUUUGUGCAUUGUUACCAUUAACAGAAGCAGAGCUUCUGUGAUUAAACAAUUGUAGAAGACAACAAAAUUAGGGAUUCUUUCGGAUUGGGACCGAUAAACCUUACAACAAAUUUCUAUAAAAUGUGGAUAUUCAUCGAUAUUAUAUU